UGUCAACAACUGGUCGGAGAGGAGGAAAAGUGUCAUUUGCUGGUGUGUUUGUUAUUUGCCGAGCGUUUUAGAGAGAAAGAAUAGUUCACACGUUUUAGGUGAAGGUGUAUUAGUUAAAGACAGCCGCGCCUUGCUCGCCUUUUAACUUGAAUAAACAGCUAUGGGCGAUAAAGUUAUGGAAAGCGGCUAAUGUUAGCUAACUGAAUGUCUUUCUGUCAGUUACAAUUGUCAGAAGUUGGCUAGUUCCAGGCUAGCUACUACGUAGUUAGCUACCGCUACAGUGGGAUCUGAUUGCCUGCGGUAGGUUGUGGCCAGCAGUAAAAUCAUCUCGUCUGUCAAGCGUCUCUGAAAGUGCAGAGGCUCCCCAGUUUUUUGGACGGGACAAGGUCUUUUGAGAUAUCUCACCAUGGAUUUGUUUGACAGUAACAGUUCAGAGCAUGUCAACCUGCCGAGAAACAUGAUUGAGAAUAGCAUGUUUGAAGAGGAGCCGGAUGUUGUAGAUUUGGCGAAAGACUCUGCAGCUUUUCCGACUUUUCCUGCUCUUGACCCGGAUGAAGUGACGUAUGAGCCCCGUCGCUCACGGUUACUUGUGCGAGGCCUGGGGGAGAACGACAUGGAGGACGAUGAGGAGGACUGUGAGUCUUCAGCACGUCUGCUGGGCAUGUCCUUUAUGAACCGAAGCGCCGCUCGCAGAGCCAACUCUUCCCCGUACACCAGACAGUCUCCACCGAGGUCAUGUUCGCGACCCUCAGCACGUAGCAUGGUUGUAUGUGUGUUAGUCCUAGUGAUAGUGGCCUCUAUGACCAUGGUGCUGUACUUCCUACCUGGCUGCACCUUUACCAAGGCAGGUUGUCGUAAGCCAAACAAGACCGAUCCCAUUGAUACAGUCUACCCCAUCUCCACAAAUGGUGAAUUGUUUCCAUGGGCACAGCUCCGACUCCCUCAAAGCAUAAAGCCUCUCAGCUAUGACCUCACCCUGAACCCUGACCUUGACAAAAUGACCUUCACUGGCCGAACUGUUAUCAACAUGUCUGUGCUUCACAGCACAAGCCGCAUAGUAUUCCAUGGUGCUAAUCUCAACAUUACCAAAGCAACCUUCAAGUUGGGUGAUGGGAAGGCCAGUGAUGUGACUGUACUGGAGUACAAACCCAGACAGCAGUUAGCUGUUAAUUUGUCUAAGGAGCUGGAAGCAGGCCAAUACUGUGUUUUGACACUGGAAUAUGCUGCCAACCUCUCAAACACAUAUGAUGGUUUCUAUAGCAGCUCCUACACUGACAAAGAUGGAAAUAAAAGUGUCCUAGCAGCAACACAAUUUGAGCCACUGUCAGCCAGGAAGGCCUUCCCUUGUUUUGAUGAACCAACUUUCAAAGCCACAUUCCUGAUUAAAAUCAACAGAAAAAAAAACUACAUCACUCUUUCCAACAUGCCCAAGGCAAAAUCCACCGAUCUUGCUGGUGGCCUCGUGCAGGAUGAGUUUGAAAAGACCAGUGUCAACAUGAGCACUUACCUGGUGGCCUUCAUUGUUGCUAACUUCACCUCUCUCACCAAAAAUGUUUCAGGAACCCAGGUGUCAGUCUACUCUGUACCAGAGAAAAAGGAGCAUUCUGGCUAUGCUCUGGACACAGCCUCUAAACUGCUGGAGUUUUACAAUACUUUCUUUGACAUUAGCUACCCCCUCAAAAAACUAGACUUGGUAGCUAUCCCUGACUUCCUGGCAGGAGCUAUGGAGAACUGGGGGCUAAUCACUUUUCGGGAAACUACCCUUUUGGUGGGCAAAAAUUCCUCUUUCCUGGAAAAACAAGUGGUGGCCUCCGUCAUUGCUCAUGAGCUCGCUCAUCAGUGGUUCGGAAACCUGGUGACUAUGAGAUGGUGGAAUGACCUGUGGCUUAAUGAAGGCUUUGCUACUUACAUGCAGUACAUGUCACUGCAGGAAGUGUUUCCCCAGCUGGAUACUGGUAAUUUAUUCCUCUCAGAUCGGUUCAGAACUUUGGACCAAGAUGCACUAAACUCCUCACAUGCUGUGUCGACAAAAGUCAGCACACCGGAGCAAAUAGAAGAGAUGUUUGACUCUGUCUCCUAUGAAAAGGGUGCAUCCAUUCUCCUAAUGCUGAAGGCUUCCUUGCCUGGACCUCAACAGUUCAGAAAGGGUAUCAUUGAAUAUCUCAAACAGUUCAGUGGAUUAAACACAGACACUGGUGACCUGUGGAACAGCCUCACACAGAUUGAGCUGUCCACGCAGCACAUGAAUGUAACGGAGAUGAUGAGCUCAUGGACAUCACAGAAAGGCUUCCCAUUGGUCACUGUAAACCUCACAGAUGACCAGGUGAAACUCACACAGGAGCAUUUCUUGCUCACAUCUGACAGUGCCACGCAUACUUCAAGCUUGUGGAACAUUCCAGUGACAUACGUGAAUGACAGUUGUAGUUUAGCUCCUGAGUGCAGACAGAUUUUCACUUUGAAGACCAAAUCAGACACUCUUAAGAUGCCAGGAAAGGUGAAGUGGCUGAAGCUGAACUACAAAAAUAUGGGCUUCUACAUAGUGGACUAUGGAAAGGGUGGCUGGACUGCUCUUUCAGAAGCUUUGAGCAAAAAUGUCAGUGUUCUUACACACGAGGACCGUGCUUCACUUAUACAUAACAUCUUUGCUCUUUCCAGAUUGGGACGUGUAUCCUUCCAGCAAGUCCUCAAUCUGUUGAACUACAUGUCAGCGGAAACUGAGACUUCUCCUGUGACAGAGGCCCUGUUACAGCUCAAUAAUAUCUACAAACUGCUUGAAAAAAGACAGGCGUUUGGUCUUGCGGCCCGCAUGAAGGAUUAUAUUCUGACACACUUCGGUCCUCUAAUGGAUAAACAAACAUGGGAAGAGGAGGAGACUGUGUCCAAACAGGAGCUGCGCUCAGCUCUGCUAGAGAUGGCCUGUAGCCUGAAUGAAAAAAACUGCACCCAGCAGGCCAAGUCCCUGUUCAAACAGUACAAAGAGUCAAAUGGAACCUUCAAGAUUCCCGGUGAUCUGCAGCAAACGGUAUUUACAGUGGCUGGUCACUCUGAUGAAGAUUGGGAAACUUUGCUCGGCAUGUAUCAACAUGCCACGUAUGAUUCAGAGAAGCGAAAAAUGCUAAAGGGCCUAGCAUCCACUCAGGACCCCCUACGUUUAGUACAGAUUCUGAAGCUUAGUCUGAAUGGAAAUAUUCAGACACAGGAGCUGCCUUUGAUCAUCAGCAUUGCAUGUCAAGGCUUUGCUGGUUAUUUGUUUGCAUGGGACUUCAUACAAGAGAACUGGGACCGCCUUAUUGAGAAGUUCCCUGUCGGCUCCUUUGCAAUCCAGACAAUCAUCAAAUCUGCUACCUCCCAGUUCUCCACACAGACACAACUUAAUCAAGUGCAGGCUUUCUUCUCCAGUCUAGAGGAGCGUGGCUCUCAGAUGAGGAGCGUGCAGGAAGCUUUGGAAACCAUCAGGCUGAACCAGCGCUGGAUGGACAAGAACCUGUCUACACUCCAAAAAUAUCUGUAAUAUCGGCGCUCCACCAAGUCCCCCCCCCAGUUACAGGCAACUGGGUUGUUUCUUUGAGACAACAGCAGUAUUUGCACUAUUUUAGGACUGUGUCCUUUAACUCCCCUCAUCCAGAGCAGAGCACUAGUUACUACAUGUAGAUGUGCUCUAGCUGGUUGGACAGGCUGUUUGUAAUUUUUGAGAUUGGUCCUGUCAGUUGUACUUGAUCGCUCAGGGUGGCUCUGAUUGUGUGUGUGUGUGUGUGACAGGGUGUUGUCAGAUGCAACACAUACUCAUGUUUUAUGCUGUCGACCAAACUUCCUCCACAGUUCUCAUCUAAACCUCAUGCCUGAGCAGACAAUCAUGCUUUCACCUACACUCCUUUAGCCCAGCCACAUCUCAGGCACCUUGCAUUGUGGGCUGUAAAACAGCAACUUUAAAAAAGUCUAAAGUAUGAUUAAUGUCAACAUUACUCUGUAAGUGAAGCUGCAGGUGUCAGGGGUUCCUCAGCAAUGAUACAUUUAAAUUACUGUUACUUGAUAGAUGGCAUUAUCCUUAGAGUUAAACUAACCAUGUGUUGCUGUGUUGGAACAAUAACUGCCUGUCUGUCUAUACUAAUUAUUCAUCCCAAGCGUUUGCUAUACUAGUCAUGGUUGGGCUACAAGUUUGGUCUAUUGAUGAACAAAUGGAAGACUUGUGUUGGUAUCAAUUGAAUGUACUGAAAAACUUCCCACUGUUUACUGUAGAUGAUGUACAGAAAAUAAUAUUGCAGGUUUAAAUCAAUAGCCAAUGUGUCUUAGGUGAGAGCAGGCAGUGCACACUGGAGCUAAACAUUCAUUUCUUCCUUCCUUCCUUCCUUCCUUCCUUUCACCCUCAGCCAUAAUCCCAGCCAAGCUUUAAUCAACAUGUUUUUGUAUUUCGAUCACUUGCCUGCAGUGAAGUCACUUCACAGACUCACUCUUUGGCUCCAUGCGCUUGUAAAGUUGUAAUUAUAAUGUAAAUAUGCUCAACUCCAAAGCAUUUUCCCUUGCAAUUUUGGAUGUAUUCUUUUAAGCAUUUUAAUUUUAAACAUUUUAAAAAAAAAUUGCUUUCUGUUGUGUAUAUAGAGUGUAAAGAGGAACUGUACACAUUGAACUGAUCAAGAGUCUUGGUUAAAGCUUUUUACAGCAUCUCUUGAUUUGAGACAACCCCGGGAGGUCAUUUGCUGGUGAAUGUUGUGUUUAUAAGGGCUAAUGUGCAUAUUGAAGUAUUCAAAGUAUACAGAAGAACAAUCCGUGUUGAUAAUCUGUUUAGUAAGCUGUUACAUGUCAGCUGAAAAUAGGAAUGCAGAAAGUUUAAAGGUAGUCCAGUUUUAGCCACCUGUGUAUCCUAGCUAUUUGAGUGUUUUGAUGUAUAGUUUUUCACCAACAUGUUAUUUAAAUACAGCUGUACCCUCAGCCAAAGUGGUACUUAUGCAGUCCCUUGCUUUCAUGAUCUACAGGUUAACUGAGAUCAUGGCAUACAUUAAGGCCUGCAUCACUUUUCUUUGAUUGUCAAAAUAUUGUUUGUUCCAUUAAUGUAAAAACUACAUCCAAAACAGUAGUACUCACUAUUGUUACAAAGGCCUCUGCGCACAGUUGCUGGUAAUGAUGGUCAUUUAUUUCAGAGAACACAACUAUCCCUGUGAUUAGGUGGGAACACUGAUGUACAGAGUACUGGGAAAAACUGAAAACGGGUAUUAAGGGAUAUUUGUCCACAGUUUACCAGUGAAAUUGCCCCUUUAUUUAUUCCAUUAUGUUCAUAGAGAAUGUGUGAUUAAUCCUUGCACAUUCGUCUUCCUGCUGAUUUUGGCUCAUUUUCCACUCUCCAUUUAGAAAGGCCUUACUGUCCUCUUACAUCAGCUAGGAGUUUGAUUUUAAUGUCACAUUUUCUGUCAGUAGUACUGGUAGUCCCAGUAUGUGAUGAUAGAACUGUAGUAGAGUACCACAUGUGCAGUAAUCCCAGUCAAGACUGUCUUUGUUUGUGCACUUGGAUGAAAUGCUGUAGAUGCUUUUGCCAUUUUGUUGCUCUUCGUAUGAAUAAAGUAUAAAUAAUAGAUUUUUUCCCAAAAAAUAUUAGAUUUUUUUUUUUUUUUAAAUAGAAAUACAAAAGGAAGUACCACAUUUCAUACAUUUGACCCAUCAGACUUUAAAACAAUGUUCAGUAAGUCCCAAAGUUUUUCCAGCUUGUUUUUAGAAUUUUAGAAUAUUUUCAGAACUGACAGUUCGAAUCAAGUUCAGCUGCACCUCAGUUUACUUCAGUGAUAUUGGUUUUUAAUUUGUUGAUAUGUUUGGUUCUUGUUUCCAGCUAUACUGAAGUUUAUUAAAGUUAUCCUGUAUGAAA